GUAUACCUCUCUUUCAAGGGCACGUCAAGGCCCACAGAGCUCUCCGGUGUCAGCAAGUGCAGUUUUUGGGCCCUCGGCCCAGUUCGGCUUCCUUUCUAAAAAUGGUAAUCCUUAUUAUAAGUUUUGAGCUCGGAAAUUCUUCAGCACUAUAACUCUAUGAGCUCCCCUCAAUCCAUUUCAGGACUCUUCUUGUCUACUUUCUCCGGCAAUGACUAGCGGCGGUCAGCAGUCGGCGCCACCGUACAAACCAUACCGACUCCUCAAGACCCUGAGAGACCACGAACGCGCCGUCUCCUGCGUCAAAUUCUCCAACGACGGCAAUCUCCUCGCCUCCGCCUCCCUCGACAAAACCCUAAUCCUCUGGUCCGCCUCCAACUUCUCCCUCCUUACGCGCCUCGUCGGCCACUCCGAGGGCGUCUCCGACAUCGCCUGGUCCUCCGAUUCCCACUACAUCUGCUCCGCCUCCGACGAUCGGACCAUCCGCAUCUGGGACGCGCGCGCUCCCUUCGACUGCCUGAAAAUCCUCAGAGGGCACUCCGACUACGUCUUUUGCGUCAAUUUCAAUCCCCAGUCCAAUCUCAUCGUCUCCGGCUCCUUCGACGAGACCAUUCGUAUCUGGGAGGUGACGACUGGGAAAUGCGCCCAAGUCAUCAAAGCUCAUACCCAGCCCGUCACUUCUGUUCACUUCAAUCGGGAUGGCUCCUUGAUCGUUUCUGGGAGCCAUGACGGGACUUGCAAGAUUUGGGAGGCCGCCACUGGUACUUGCAUAAUGACGCUUUUCUCCGACCGAGCCGCCGUGUCUUUUGCCAAGUUCUCUCCCAAUGGGAAGUUCAUUUUGGCUGCCACUCUUGACAGCACUCUCAAGCUAUGGAAUUAUAAAUUGGGGAAGUUCUUGAAGAGUUACACAGGUCACACGAACAAGGUUUAUUGCGUUAGCUCCACAUUUUCAGUAACAAAUGGAAAGUAUAUUGUUAGCGGUUCAGAGGAUAAGUGCGUAUACUUGUGGGAUGUCCAGGAGAAGACCAUGAUUCAGAAACUGGAAGGCCAUUCUGACACGGUCAUUUCUGUUAGCUGUCACCCCAUUGCCAAUAGAAUAGCUUCAGCAGGCCUUGAUGGAGACAGAAGCAUAAAAAUUUGGGUCCAGGACCCAUAAAGAGCAUUAACUUUUGGGUCGUAACCUAAGAGAGAUGGCGUUUUUGCUGUGUAUUUCGGAUGGCGGGCUGGAGCCUGUUGAGUUUGCUGGAAUAGAGAAAUUAAUGGAGGAAGCAUUGGUUAGCAAAUUAAAAAUUAUUAGUGUAUCUAUUUCAUGCUUCUUACAGAUUAAGCAUUGUAAUAAUACUUUGGUGUUAUCACCCUAAUCUUUGCCUCGAGUUGGUGAAAUUGGAUACAGCAAUGCCUUGGUGUUAUUACCCUCAUCUUUCCCUCGAAUUGGUGAAAUUAGAAUGUGAUAGCGAUGCUUCUGAUGAAAACAAAAGCCGAAAAGAAUG